AUGGCCUUAUUUGCGUCUCAUAUAUGGUUCUCGGGGGGGAUUUCCGCCUAUCUCAAUAAAGUAUAUGAUUGGUUCGAAGAACGUCUCGAGAUUCAAGCAAUUGCGGAUGAUAUAACUAGUAAAUACGUUUCCCCCCACGUCAAUAUAUUUUAUUGUUUAGGGGGAAUUACGCUUAAUUGUUUUUUAGUACAAGUAGCUACUGGGUUUGCUAUGAAUUUUUACUACCGGCCGACCAUUACUGAGGCUUUUGCUUCUGUUCAAUACAUAAUGACUGAAGCCAACUUUGGUUGGUUAAUCCGAUCAGUUCAUCAAUGGUCGGCCAGUAUGAUGGUCCUAAUGAUGAUCCUGCAUGUAUUUUGUGUGUAUCUCACCGUCGGAUUUAAAAAACCUCGCAAAUUAACUUGGGUUACAGGUGUGGUUCUGGCUGUAUUAACCGCGUCUUUUGGCGUAACUGGUUAUUCCUUACCUCGGGACCAAAUUGGUUAUUGGGCAGUGAAAAUAGUAACAGGUGUCCCUGACGCUAUUCCUGUAAUAGGAUCACCUUUGGUCGAAUUAUUGCGCGAAAGCGCUAGUGUGGGACAAUCUACUUUGACUCGUUUUUAUAGUUUACACACUUUUGUAUUGCCACUUCUUACUGCCGUAUUUAUGUUAAUGCACUUUCCAAUGAUACGUAAACAGGGUAUUUCUGGGCCUUUAUAGAUAGAGCAAAAAAAAUAUAUCCUAAAUAUUUGUAAUCAAUCAUUUAUCACUUGGUGGAGGAAUAUAUAGUAUUUCAUUGCUACAAGUAUGGAUUAUUGAAAAUAAUAAGACAUGGAUUUGGAUAUUUCCCUUUAA